CGGAAACUGAUGGAAGGAACAUAGGAAGAGGAAAAAAAGACUUCAACAACUGUAGUGUUCUUUCGGAGUAAAAGAUAAUUUUCAUUUUUGACAUAAAUUCUACUAGUGACUUUUUUGAGGAAGAAAAGAAAAAGAGAAUUGAAAAAUAAAUAAUCGAGUGCUCUGUGUCGCGAGAUUAAAAUAGCAAACAAAAAAAAGUCUACCAAGAAAAAGUGAAAUUUAAAUUUUGUUUACGAUUUUAAGGACAGGAAGUGAUUAAUUCCGAUGAAAUAUUAUUUAGAUAGUUUCAAGAUGAAAAUUCAAUGCUAUGUGAUUCUUCUAACAUUGACUUAUACAGCUACAUUGGUGCUGUCUGAUACAGCCUCACAGAAUUCUGCAUCAGAUAAAUUAUCAUCAUCAUCGCUUAUUCUUCCGAUUGAUAAUGCACAGCGUGUAGAGCGCUCACCAAAAUAUGAUUUUGGACUUGGAAAGCGUCGAUAUUUAGUAACUUCAGGAGGGCCGGGAAAAAAACGACUACCGCACUACAAUUUUGGCUUAGGAAAGAGAUCAAAUCCAUAUGCCUAUCAAUUUGGUCUCGGAAAACGUGCUGAUUCUGAUGACUUCUCGAAUUAUGAGGAUGAUAAUGACAAUGCAAACUAUGACAAGGCAAACAUAAAUUUAGAGGACUGGAAUGACGGUGGCUACAUGGAUAAUAAAAAUGAUAUCGAUGUGCUGGAUUAUGGCUACAAUUAUGCAUAUCCAAGAGAAUUCAAGCGCGCACGACAGUACUCAUUUGGCUUGGGAAAGAGAAAAUACGCAGACGAACUUGACAAGAGACUACCUAACAGAUAUAACUUUGGACUGGGAAAAUAAGAUGAGGAAGAUGAUUAAAUUGUAUUCAUACAAGGCAUAAAAAAUGACACCAGCGGAUCAUAUACACAACACACACAUUUUCCGGAUAGGAUUUUCGUUAUAAUUCCCACAUAUUAAAAAGUGUGAAUAUUUUUUAAUUUUCUCAUCAUAAAUCCAAAGAACAUAAAAAUUUCGCAAUUCUUUGUGUAUCUGAUUGUCCGUUACUUACCUUCAUCAAAAAAAUACUUUUUUCUUCUUAUCCUUAACAAAAAAAAUUGCUUGUUGUUGUUGUAAAUAAUAUACAAAAAAGAAGUAAUAAUUGAGAAAAACUAAUCAAAAAAGCAAGAAAAUUAAAUGUUUCCAGAAACAGACGCAGCAAUUUCCCUAUUUAAAGGCAGCUAACAAUCAACAUAAAUCUGCUAAAAACAUAUUAUUAUACAAAUAUUUUUUGUGCAUAUUCUAUCGAAUCUAAAUAUAUAUUUACUGGUAUUUAAUAAUAUGAAGUAUUUAAAAAAAUUGUUGAGAGAUGAAAAUUGAAGGAAAAUGUGAAUUAUUUUUUAAAAAAAAAUCAAAAUUGAGUGCUUUUAAGUCACUUUUCCAUCGGAUCUCGCACACACAUUUAUGAGAGCCAGGUGAUUUAAACGAGUUAUUGGGGAUCAAUAUUAAUAACUAAUGUCUGAUGGAGGAAUGACAUGAAAGCAUAAAUCAUACAGCCCAAAACACAUAAAACAUUGUAAAUUUUAUCAGAAAAAGACAUAAUAAAAAUGGGAGAUGCCAACUUUAAAAACAUUUAUGG